GGAGUGGGCAAAUCCUGGAUAAGAAAGCACGGCAAGAAGCCAUUGCCCAAAAGCAACAUCUCGAAUCGCUCUUUGAGCUCGUCGCCAAUGUCCAACAAGUACAAGAAGCCGCACGAGCCACCGACCACGAGGUUCUGGAUCGCAACUAUUGGAUUACCCAGAACCAACUGUUGGAGGCGGAGCGACAACUGAGGAUGGUACGAGAAGAGCGGGAGCAGGAGAAAGGGGAACAACGGGCUUUGUUUGCCCAAUUUAAGCAGUCCGAUGAGAUAAGAAACCAACGGAUAGCCGAGAUGGAGGAACUACUGCGACAACAUCUAUCAGUAGCACCUUCCGUGGCUAGUGCUCCCUUAGACCCUAAUGCACCCCGAACGGUUCCUGUUGGCAAUGGCAAGAACCCCCAAAAUGCUGGCCCCCAAACAUCAGGGAAUGGCAAGCAACCAGAAGAAGCUGGCCCAGUUGGUGGAAAUGGAGGCAAGCAACCGGAAGAUGCCGGCCCAGUGCAGGGAAAUAGUGGCAGAAGACCGGUAGGGGCUGCUCCAGUGGGAGGGAAUGAGCCUUCCGAAGACGAUGACGACGAUAACAGUGAAUGGUCGCAUGGUCGGAAGAAUUGGAGAAUGAACCGAGGCGGGAACCGGAAUUCGGCGCCGCCUGAGGACGAAGAUAUGGUAGAUUCGCUCGCCAAAAUACCUUUUGAGUUCGAUAAUGCCCGGAAGCAUAACCUGCGGCAUUGGCUCAUGGAGUGCGAGAUCUACUUCGAGCAGAAGCCAAAUAAGUUCCGAACGGACAGAAAUAAGGUACUGUUCGCUGGAACGUAUACGUGUGGGUUGGCAAAGGAAUGGUUUAUGGAAUAUAUCGAGACCAAGAUGCUAGGACCGGCAGCCGCGGACUACGCUACUUGGACUCGGUUCCGUCAGGAGAUCAGAAAACGCUUCCUAAGCACUCAGGAAGCCAUGGAGAACGCGAUGAAGAUGCAGCAGUUUAAGUACUCUGCUAACAUCGGGGACUACCUGACGAGAAUGGAGAUUAUGAACCAGCAUGCUCAGAUGAAAGGAGCAUCCUAUCGCGCCGCCUUGCUCCAAGGGCUACCGAAUGAAAUUCGAGAGCGCCACUCACCCUUCGAUCCAACCGAUGACGACUCCGAGUACAUCCAACGGUUGGAACGAGCCGAUGAAGAUGUUGGGAAAAGCAGAGUCGAGAGGAAAGGAGUCGAACCAUGGUGGGAACUCCAGCAGAAGGAGAAGGGGUUUAAGAUCAAGGGAAGGGCUCAGACCGAGAAGAAAGAAAAGGGGCAAGAUAAGAAGAGCACCAGCGAGAACAAGUCGGGGAAUAAGCCAAUAUACCACGACUACGACGAAGCCACCAAAGGAGUUCCACAGCCGGUCCGGGACCAGCGGAAGACCGAUGGUGUCUGCGUGCGAUGUGGCCGAAAGGGUCAUCUUUGGAAAUGGUGUCGUUCAGAUGCUAACAGCAGUGCAUCUAUCUCCUCUUUCUCCCGAAAGCGUACCCGCGAUGACAAUGGUGACCACGAUAUGGAACCACCGGAACCCCAACCUCAGAGGAAGCGUAUGAGGCACCGUGCUAGGAAGCCGGCUGCUACGGCUGCUGCGGAGUACACCAGUGGGCAAGCGUUUGUGCGAGAACGCGGAUCGGAAUCUGAGAUGGAUUUCGAUGAGGAUUUUUAA